GUUUCUGAUUUCCUGUAACCUCUUCUUGCCCCGCGCUGCCCAGGUCUUGGCGGCUGAGGCUGGCCUACCUCCCAGUCGUUCCUUUAUGGGCUUUGCCGCCCCCUUCACCAACAAGCGGAAGGCUUACUCGGAGCGUAGGAUCAUGGGGUACUCGAUGCAGGAGAUGUAUGAGGUGGUGUCCAAUGUGCAAGAGUAUCGUGAGUUUGUGCCGUGGUGUAAAAAGUCACUUGUCGUAUCCAGCCGCAAGGGUCACCUGAAAGCCCAGCUGGAGGUUGGGUUCCCACCUGUCCUAGAACGUUAUACCUCUGCAGUCUCAAUGGUCAAACCACACAUGGUCAAGGCUGUUUGCACUGAUGGCAAGCUCUUCAACCACUUGGAGACUAUUUGGAGAUUCAGUCCUGGUAUCCCUGCCUACCCUCGAACCUGCACUGUAGACUUCUCGAUUUCCUUUGAAUUUCGCUCUCUGCUGCACUCCCAGCUGGCGACCAUGUUUUUUGACGAGGUUGUCAAACAGAACGUUGCUGCCUUUGAGCGCCGGGCAGCCACCAAGUUUGGUCCAGAGACAGCCAUCCCCCGAGAGCUGAUGUUCCAUGAAGUGCACCAGACUUGAGACAAAGGACUCUUCCCCUGCCUCCCCCUCUUCCCACCCACUUCUUAUUUAUUUGGUUUGGCUCUUGCUCAGAGAGAGGUCUAAGUUUUACCUCCCUAUUCUUCCUAAACCGGGCUGCAUGCUGGCUGGACGUGUGGGAAAAGAUAGCAGAUAUGGAAGUGAGAUACACACUGAAGUGUCAGGAGCGCUCUGAAGGCCUCAUCCGGCCACGGCCAGUUCACACCCAACAAAAACCAGGGCAAGAAACCUUAAUGCCCGGUCAAGCGAAUCUAGUAACUUCCUCACACAGAGGUACUGGCUGGCAAGUAACUUUUACCCUGCUAAGAUUUCUCAGGAGAAGAGAAAGGCAACCUGCCUCAGCUUAGGGACCUUUCAUGCCGUCUGACAGAAGUGAAGAGCUGCUUCACCAUCGGUGCCACAGAGCAGAGGAGGAGGAAUCCCUUAACAGUAUUGUCUACACUGUUGGAUGUACCUUUCUCUUCCACAUGGCCCGAGUCUGAGUUUUAUAAACCUUCAAUAAAUUGUGGCAGUGUGAA